GUCUCUCGUCUGUCCUCUGGGGCCCCCUGGCCAUCAGGAGCUCUGUGGGCUGUCUUUCCCUGGCUGCCGAGCUCCCGCCCGCUGCCCUCCGGGUGCUGGGCAGGCAUGUGACUGUCCUCAAAGCCAGUCGCCAGCUGAGAGGGUGCCCUUCUCAGAGCCCCGCGCCCAGGGUUUCCACCAGGCCCUGAAGGUUGAGCAACCAUCAAGAUGCCCGGUCUGCUGAACCAGGUCACAGGGGCGGCCCUGCCCCUCACCGCGUCCGAUGUCACCUCCUUCGUCAGUGGUUACGCCUUGGGUCUCACUGCCUCCCUCACCUAUGGCAACCUGGAAGCCCAGCCCUUCCAGGGCCUCUUUGUAUACCCCCUGGAUGAGUACACCACGGUGAUCGGCUUCGAGGCCGUCAUUGCCGACCGUGUCGUGACAGUUCAGAUCAAGGACAAAGCCAAGAUGGAGAGUGGCCGCUUCGAUGCCGCUGGCCUCCGAGCAUCAACGGUCACAGGAAAGGUGGCUCUGGACGAGGAUUUGGAGCGGAUCCUGUUCGUGGUCAACCUGGGGACCAUCGCCCCUCUGGAGAACGUCACCAUCUUCCUGAGCACGUCCUCGGAGCUCCAGACGCUGCCCAGCGGGGCCGUGAGGGUCCUGCUGCCUGCCGUCUGUGCCCCGACUGUGCCCCAGUUCUGCACCAGUCCCUCCAGCCAACCAACCCAAGGCAAAGACAGGCAUUGCUUUGGCUCCCGGGCCCUGGACUCCUGGAACAAAUUGUGCCUGUCGACCUUCCUGGACACCGACGUGUCCAAUCCCAUGGAAUACGAGUUCAACUUCCAGCUGGAGAUCCGAGGGCCAUGCCUGCUGGCAGGGGUGGAGAGCCCCACCCACGAGAUACGAGCCGACGCCGCCCCGUCCGCCCGCUCUGCCAAGAGUGUCCUCAUCACCUUGGCCAACAGGCACACCUUCGACCGCCCAGUGGAGAUCCUCAUCCACCCCAGCGAGCCCCACAUGCCACAUGUCUUGAUGGAGAAAGGGGACAUGACCCUGGGAGAGUUUGACCAGCAUUUGAAGGGAAGAACAGAUUUCAUUAAAGGAAUGAAGAAGAACAGCAGUGCAGAGAGAAAGACAGAAAUAAUCCGGAAACGCCUCCACAAGGACAUUCCCCACCAUUCUGUCAUCAUGCUCAACUUCUGUCCUGACCUCCAGUCAGUCCAGCCCAACCUGAGAAAGACCCAUGGAGAGUUUAUCUUCCUCAUCGACAGGAGUGGAAGCAUGAGUGGGACCAGCAUCCACAGGGUCAAGGAUGCCAUGCUGGUGGCUCUUAAGAGCCUCAUGCCAGCCUGCCUCUUCAAUGUCAUUUGGUUUGGAUCCACAUUUAAGACCCUCUUCCCUUCCAGUCAGACCUACAGUGAGGAGAGCUUGGCCAUGGCCUGUGAUAACAUCCAGAAGAUGCGAGCCGACAUGGGUGGCACCAACAUCCUCUCCCCACUCAAGUGGAUCAUCCGGCAGCCAGUGCUCCAAGGCCACCCCAGGCUUCUCUUCCUGAUCACAGAUGGUGCCGUCCACAACACCGGGAAAGUGCUGGAGCUGGUGCGAAACCACGCCUUCUCCACCAGGUGCUAUAGCUUUGGAAUUGGCCCCAACGUCUGCCACAGACUGGUGAAAGGGCUGGCAACCGUGUCCAAGGGCAGUGCUGAGUUCCUGGUGGAGGGGGAGCGGCUGCAACCCAAGAUGGUCAAAUCCCUGAAGAAGGCCAUGGCUCCAGUCCUGAGUGAUGUGACUGUGGAGUGGGUCUUCCCUGAAACCACUGAGGUCCUGAUCUCACCUGUCAGCUCCAGCUCCCUCUUCCCUGGAGAACGGUUGGUGGGGUAUGGCAUUGUCUGUGAUGCUUCCUUAUACAUCUCCAAUCCCAGAACCGACAAGAGAAGACGAUACAGCAUGCUACACUCUCAGGAGUCUGGCAGCUCUGUCUUCUACCACUCACAAGAUGAGGGGCCCAGCCCAGACAGUGGAGAUUGUGCCAAGAGCUUGGGGGCACCCUUCAGCCUGAGGCAAGCCAAAGACACCCAGCCAUCCAGUGGAGACCCCACCAUCAAUCCUGGUCUAGUCCUCUCCCAGCGACGGCGGGCGUACAGCACCAACCAGAUCACCAACCACAAGCCCUCCCCAAGGGCCCCCACGGCCAGUGACCCCACAACGGCUGCCAGGAGAUACCCACUGCGAAAAGCCAAGCUCCAAGACCUCACCAACAAGACCAGCCUGGAUGCUCCGCGGUGGCAAAUUGAUUUGCAGCCCUUGCUGAACAGUGGGGCGGACCUGAGCCAGGGCCCCAAACUCCGGGGUCCAGGGGCCCGCAGGCCCUCUCUGCUGCCCCAAGGCUGCCAGCCUUUCCUAGCCUCUGGCCAAGAGACCCAGAUCUGGAGCCCCCUGAAAGAGCUGGAUCUGGGGUCCAGCCUCAAGCCUGCCUCAGACAGCCGCAGCCCUGGGGACCCGGAGCCGUCCCAUCACCUCUCCUUCGAGACGGAGACAUCCUCGGACUGGGAGCCCCUGGCCGAGUCUGAAGAGCAGGCCAGUCCCAGCAGGCCUGCCACCCCAGGCCCUGUGAGGGGCAAGGCUGUGGUCAAGGGCCUGCGCGACAGCCAACGUUUGCAGUGGGAGGUGAGCUUUGAGCUGGGGCCUCCCGGCCCCGAGAAGGGUAGCGCUCGAGAGGCCGACCUGUGGAGCGAGACCUUCCACCACCUGGCGGCCCGCGCCAUCAUCCGCGACUUCGAACAGCUGGCGGAGCGCGAGGGCGACAUCGAGCAAGGGUCCAGCCGCCGCUACCAGGUGAAUGCUGUCCACACCAGCAAGGCCUGCAAUGUCAUCAGUAAGUUCACAGCCUUCGUGCCUGUGGACAUCAGCAAGAGCUGUUACCUGCCCACCGUGGUGGGCUACCCCAACUCUGGUGCUGCAUCGCGGGUGGCCAGCUCUCGGGUCCUGACCCAACAGUGGAGGGGCACUUCUGCUGGUUUCGGACGGUCCCAGACCAUGCUGGGGGAAGACUCAGCAGCAGAAGAUGGCAGAUUUCAGAACCUAAGUCCCCUGCGUGGUCUGGCCACCAAUUCCCUUUCUUCUUUGAAAGCCUCAGAGACACUCUUUGGAUCCAGGCUGAAUCUCAACAAGUCCAGGCUGCUGACGAGAGCAGCCAAGGGCUUCCUGGGCAAGCCACUGACCAAGGCUCCAGAGUCAGCCGGGAGCCAGAGCUUCGACUACAUCCCUCUGGUGUCUCUGCAGCUGGCCUCGGGAGCCUUCCUGCUCGACCAAGCCUUCUGCGAGGCCAUCGGCAUCCCCAUGGAGAAGCUCAAGUGGACCUCGCCCUUCACCUGCCACCGAGUGUCCCUCACCACCCGCCAGUGCCCAGGUCCUCAGAUAUGCACCAGCCGCUCACCUCGGCACUCCUCCUGUGACAGCUGCUCCCCAGAGCCUCUGGCUGAGGGCAAGCCGGGCUGGGAGCCUGGGGCUAUGAUAGAGCACACGGGGAAGCUGUGGGCCACAGUGGUGGCACUGGCUUGGCUGGAGCACAGCUCUGCCUCCUACUUUGUUGAGUGGGAGCUGGUGGCGGCCAAGGCCAGCUCGUGGCUGGAGCAACAGGAGGUGCCCGAGGGCCGCACGCGGGGCACGCUCAAGGCUGCCGCCCGCCAGCUGUUCGUGCUCCUGCGACACUGGGACGAGAACCUGGAGUUCAAUAUGCUCUGCUAUCACCCGAAUUAUGUGUAGUGCGGGAAGGAGGCGGGCAGGGCAGGGGGAGAGGGAGGGAACCCCUGGAAACUGUAGCCAAUACACCGCUUGCUAGAAAGAGCCCUGGAUUGGAAUCAGGAGGCCUGGGCUCAAUGCAACUUGGCUACCACCUAACUGCCACGUUAGGCCAGUACCUUCCCUCCCUUCUGGGCCUCCGCCUCCCCACCUGUAUAAUAACUGGUGAGGUGAGGAACUAGAGCUCUAGAACGUUCAAAGGUUCCUUUCUGCCUGGACAUCCAGGGAGCUGAGGGAUUCACUGCCCCUGUGGGGUGGGAGAGAGAAUGCAGUUUAAGCCCGAGUUCUCUCUGGAGGAGGAUCACCUGAGCAGUGCCCGCCGCAGAUAAAGGAUGGAUGAGCCGACCCCAAGCCUGAAAGCAACCCCACGUGCAAGCUUGCAUCUAGGCAGGGGGAAACCACCUCUGCCAGCUGCAUUGUGGGCUAGGCUCUUGCCUCCAUGGUGACAGUCCAGGACUCUAAAUCCCUCUUCCGAACUGCCUGGAGAGCCAACUUGCCCAGCACUUUGCAGGACUCACCCGGGGAACUUUCCCUUUGGCUUGGAAACCCUUCGUAUGUAUUGGUGGGGUUCUGGACACGAUUUGCGACUUCUGUCUAAGAAGAGGAGGUAGGCAGGACAAGAGGAGGCACCCUGCAAGCCGAGACAUUAGAACUAAGCCGCAAUCUGUUAAAAAAUAGUCCCCCAAAGAAGAGACAUGGUCACAAAAGUCAGUGAAGAAACCAGAGGACACCUUAAGUAAUUUACAAGCUGUCAGGAAUUGCAUAAUGCAAACUCUGUCUUCUUGUGUUGAGGGGCUAGAGAGACACCCUGUGUCAGCUGCAUUCUGGGAUAGUGGGGGCCCUCUCCUGCACACUGGGGCCGGGUGGGUGGCGUGUCUCUGCAACAGAGAACCACCCUUGGCUGCAGUGCAUUUGGGGAUGGCAGCUUGAGCUGGGCGCCGUGAUUUAGUCAAUGAGUUGAAUUUUGAAGCUUCAAAGCUGCGAGCUCCUGGGGACGUCCCUAUCUCAGGCCCACCUUGUGUGCCUUGUGGGGAUAGGUGUGUCCCAGCCUCAGAUUCCCAAGUAACUGGGGCCCAGUCACCUCUGCCCAGCAGACUCCCCUGGAGGUGGGUCUGGACCUCAUGGAGGAAGCCCAUCGGCUUCGGACCCCAGGCUGAAUCCACACCCUCCCCCAACCCCCUCUCCAAGGUCUUAACCUCUUCUCAUCAAGGGGUCCUUUCUGGCCCCAGGGCCCUGGCACGAAGCCCCUGCCAGAUGUUCCCCUUUGGGGAGAUCUGGAGGACCCCAUGGAUCAAACACCUUCAUGAGGCCACAUGAAGACUCAAGAAAUGGCCAGUCUUCAGCAGGGGGUGAGUGAGAGAAGGAGAUUGUCAGCUGAACACGCAUUGGGUGUGGAGAAAAGGCAGCCCCGCCAGGAUGUGGUAUCCCUCACCAAACACCACCCCCCCUAGCAAAGCCUGGCCCUGCCCUGCUGCUGUGCUGCAAAAUCUCCCAGGAGGGGCUUUCAGCUCACCAGCCUUCUGAGGCUGUGCUCCAUCCCCCAGGGAGGGAAGGGCCGGAGACUUUAUAUCAAGUCCCAUCAGCUUGGCUGACUGUUCUGUUCAGUCCCACUGUCUGGGGAGGAAUCCAGCCAGGCGGUUACCUGACCAAGAAGGAUGAGGGCUUGAGGCUUUUAUGCUAGACCAUGGUCCUCCCCUGUGCCACCACGAAUGGAAAUACUGUAAGCCAAGAGUUGAAAUGCCUGGCACUAGUUUGGGCAAGUGAGUUCCCCUCUCUAGGUGCCCUGAAGUGGGGCAUUCCCUCUGCUCUGAUAUUCCCAGAUUCUCUGCCUCUGAGAGGUCUCUCUCUCAGUGACCAUGGACUUGUUCUGAUUGUCUCUGUGACCUUGAACAAGUGCCAUGUGCCUUCUGGGCCUCUUUCCUCCUCCUAACAUGACCAGGUUGGACUGGGCUGGCCAGCCUCCUGCUUAACCUGAUUCAGGGUCUCCAAGCUCUGUGGAUAAUGACCGGGGCUCAGGUGGUCCAGCACCUGCCCAGUGUAAAACCAGUGCUACCAAGAGCCCUGGAAGGAGGAACUGAGAAACCUAGCAGGGCAGUAAUCGCAACCCCUUUCUCCAAGGAGCCACCUCAGACCCUGCCCUGGUAGCAGCUUCUGGAACCAUGGACAACUUAGAUGCACAAGCAAGUUGCUGACUUCACCCUGGUUCCCCUGCCCAGCACCCAGAGAGGCAGAGAAACAAAUCCUCCUGAUUUCAGAUAAACCAAGGGCUUUGGGGGACAUCUGGAUAAGGGACAUUUUUUAAAAGAACUUCAGCGGUAUUAAAAGAACAUGCAGUUUCAAGAAUCUGCCUCCAGAACUGCCAAGCUGAGAACCAAAGGGACUUGCUUUAAAGGAGAGAGAAGAAUCUUAGGUAACUAGCACACACAUUGAAGCUAAAGUGGUUCCAAAGGUGAACUGAAGCCCCUGCAACCAGAAUUGAUUUGGAUUAAUCUGGAUUCUUUGCUAACCUAGCCCUUGCUUUCUAGGUCAUGCAGAUGGAUGUUUGUGCCCUGCCUGGAUGCACAGGAGGGUACAGAUGCUUUAUAGCACUCUCCCACAAAGCCUGGCCUUUAUCGGAAAGAGUACUGAGCUGAGAGCUGGGGAAUUUCAGUGCUGGUCUAAAUUCCACCACUAGUAUGCUGUGUGACUUUUGGCAAGUUGCAUGCUUUCUCUGGGCCCCAUUUCAUCUUUUGUAAAAGGACGAGAUGACACUAGAUCAGCAUUUCCAGCGCUGUUCCUUGGUUGAGAUAUACAUUAGCAAUUCAUGAGAAACUGUCCAGAGGUCAAAUAUGUUGGGGAAACACUAGGAAGACAGAUUUCUUGAAGUCAGGAGGAUGUAAACGUGCAUUGUCAGUGUCUAGGAGGUGAUUUAGAAAGUCUUUUCCCAGGUUAUUCCAUUGGGAAAAUGCUGGUCUGAUUUCCUUCAGGUUCUUUGGGCACCCACAUUCAGAAAGCUGGAGUUCCUGCUGUGGCUCAGUCGAUUGAGAACCCAACUAGUGUCCAUGAGGAUACAGGUUCGAUCCCUGGCCCCCCUCAGUGGGUUAGGGAUUCAAUGUUCCUGCAAGCUGCAGUGUAGGUCACAGAUGCAGCUGAAUCUGGUGUGGCUGUGGCUGUGGCGUGGGCCGACAACUGCAGCUCUGAUUCCACCCCUGGCAUGGGAACUUCAUAGGCUGCAGGUGUGGCCCCAGAAAGAAAGAAGGAAAAAAAAAAAAAAAAAGCCUUUACUGAGUAGUUCCUGCUGCGGCGUAGGUCGCAACUGCACCUCAGAUUUGAUCCCUGGCUGGGGAACUCUCUAUGUCUUGGGCGGCCAAAAACAAAGAGGAAAAAAAGCCUUUUUUGAGCGCCUGUACGCCAGGCAGUGUAGUGAAUGUGUUAGGUGAUGUUUCUGUUCUUUUUGGAGCUUGGCGAGAAGCAUGUGAAGGAUGUCUGCUCCUUGAACCAUUUUUCCACUACUCUGCCUUCUGGGUGGGUGUGUCUUGGCUGGCCACACCCCACCCUGUGGUCCUCCCAUCUGUGGGUGUGGCCUCAGGUACCUUGGCCCUGAAGUUGAGUAAAACUAACAGCUGCAGCCAGGGAGGGGCAGGGUGGGUCCCUGCAACAAAGUGCCCCAAGGGUCCAGCCUGCUGCAACGCUCAGAGGCAGAGCCCGCUCUCUUUGUCUGUGAGGGACCAACUCCAGAUCUCAGGAAAACUGGGAUCCCAGGACCCCACACGCAGGAAGGCUUACACCCGACUUGUAAAUAAGUAGCCUCCGUUUCCAGCCAGCACGUGCGUUUUCCCAACCUGCCCUUUGCCUGUGGACCAAACAAAUAGCAUCUACUGUCCUCCACUGCUCUUGAACCAUGCUGUGACUGAUGAUGGAGUAGCUGCUGGUGGGUUUCCACCUGCUCCUCGGAUGUUUGAGAAAGCAAGGUUUCCUCUUCUUCCCUUCUAGCUGUUCAUGUGGGACAUCCAUCAGAAAAGACCUCUGGAAGUUUCCUCUAAAUCCUAACUUGCCCUUGUUAGCUCCUACCCUUAUUUGGAGGGGGGUCUCCCCUGAUCCGUGUGCAGCCUACCCUGGGGAAUGGUCACCCCAUUCACCUGCCUGGCUGGAACUUAUGUGACACUCUAGCAUCUGCCCUUGCGAGGUCCAAAUGCUGCCUCUUGCAUCUUGGAACCCAGUGGUCCCCAGGCACGAAUGCAUUCUGCAUUGCUAGGACCCUGGGAAGGGAAAGAGAAGGGCUCUGCCACCCCAGGAGAUAGGAUGCAAGUUCACUGCCAUGGCAUUUGGAAGGUCUUUUACCCCCCACCCAUCUAGCAGGGCCUAGAGAAAUCCACAACAAAAAAUGGGCACAUUCUUCAGCUGUAGCACACUCCGCAGCGCCAGUGUAAAAAUAACCAGCGCAGGGGCGUGUGCGGCAUUUUGCAGCUGGAUGAUCUGAUCCACAGAGAUCUCUCCCAAGGUCAGGAGCUUGGCAGCCUCUCCUGGCCAGGCCUCCAGCACCCACUGUGGGCUCCAGCCCCAACCCAUGCAUUCACCCGGCCCCCAGCCUCUCAACAGCACUGCCUCCCAGGUGACCUGACAAAGUGGGAUUUCUCCUGUUCAUGCUGCAAAUCUCCUUGGCUCAGAGCCAGCUAUCUGGAGCUUACAGCCGCUUCCCAAGGCAAAGCGCCUCGUCUCACUGUGGUGAAUAUGGGCACACCCGCCGUCUAGUUUCACUCUUUGCCCAGGUGGCUUUAGCUCAAGUGGCAUGGCCGGUGCUUGUCCCCCUCAGAGCCUCAAGUGCCUACAAUGUGCUAUCCUAUCCCUUUGCCUGCUCCCCUGUAACAGCCUCCACGGUGCCUGUGGCACUUCCUGUUUUUGGAAUACACGUCACCUUUCUGCCCAGUAGCCAGUUCUGCAGACCUUGUGGAACCCUGGACAUCAGCUGUCUAACAUCCAUCAGUAAUCAGCAAAUCAUACCCUGGGGCUGUAUGACUGUGCCUGUUUCAAAGGAAUGGCUUCUCUGUAAAUGGUGGCUACUGUUCUCUUAGAGGCUUUUGGCUCAUAAAAAUUGUUGAUCCCGACGAUAUGACAAAAUUA